GAUCCAGCCGAUCCAAUAAGGGUAAGGCGGAGGCACCACCACCAGCUGUUAUUGGGCAGCAGGAAGGAAUACUGAGCCAUCUAUCACAGUAUAGUGAGUAUAGACCCUGCUCCUCUAUACACUGACUUCCCUAUAUUGAUGGAGAGAGGGGCAGAGACUGCACCCUGGGAGGACACUAUAAGGCUCUCCCUCCCAUAGACUAAGGGAUGAACACAUGGAGCAGUCGCUGGACAUAUCACUGGUCCCCUGUGGGAAGGACAAGUACAUUUCCAAGAAUGAGUUACUGGCGCAUCUGAAGAAUUACAAUUUAUAUUACGAAGGACAGAACCUGCAGCUCCGGCAUCGAGAGGAAGAGGGGGAGUUGAUUGUGGAAGGAUUACUCAAUAUCUUCUGGGGCUUGAGACGUCCUAUUCGGCUUCAGAUGCAGGAUGACCGUGAAAGAGUUCGCCCACCUCCAUCAUCUACAUCUUGGCAUUCUGGCUGCAACUUACUCAGUCAAGGAAAAGUCGCCAAGCCAGCCACCAUCCCUGACAUCCAGGUGACAGAGGUUGAAGACACCCCAUCUGAUGAUGUUGAAGAUGGGGAUAAAGCUUCUCAGGAGGAAGCGCCUCAGCUUAUGCGCACAAGGAGUGAUGUUGGGGUGCGACGCAGGGGUAAUCUCCGCACUCCAGGAGAGCAGAGAAGGAUCAGACGCCAUAGGUUUUCAAUAAAUGGACAUUUUUACAACCACAAGACAUCUGUGUUCAUUCCAGCUUAUGGCUCUGUAACGAAUGUCCGCAUAAACAGCACCAUGUCCACGCCACAGGUCCUGAAAUUGCUACUCAACAAGUUUAAGAUCGAGAAUUCUGCCUCGGAGUUUACCUUCUAUAUAGUGCACACAAGUGGAGAGAAAAGCAAACUGAAGGACUCUGACUAUCCACUCAUCGCUCGGAUUCUGCAAGGUCCAUGUGAACAAGUAUCUAAAUUGUUUCUUAUGGAGAAGGAUCAAAUAGAAGAAAUCACCUAUGAUGUGGCACAGUACAUAAAGUUUGAGAUGCCUGUUCUGAGCAGUUUUAUUGAGAAGUUAAAGGAAGAGGAAGACAGAGAAAUCUCCAAACUGAUGAGAAGGUACACAUCGCUCCGCCUGCUUAUUGAACAACGAUUGCAUGACAUGACCAACUCUCCUGUAACCAUGUAGACCCCAGACCAUUGCUAUUUGUGAAUGAGCUGAGAUCAAACGCACCAGAUCCUUCCUCUGCUUGGCCUUACCACCAAGAUGUUUAAUAUUAAUACAGUGACAUUACAUUCUGCUUAACCUCUAGUGCAGAGGAAUCACGCUGUAUCGUAAGGCUUCCAGUUUUACAGUCAUCCAGGGAGUAGUACAUUAUUUCUAGGAUAGAAUAGGUGACCUCUGUAUAAUGUAUGUAAAGGGGAACUUGUAUCUCUUUACACUAGAGGUAGUCAUAUUUUCCUUAGAUCAAUAGCAAUACAGAAAUGGACCAAGUUUUUCUACGCUAAAAAAAAAAUAUUUAACCAAAUCAAGCAAAGGUUUGUAUAAACCAUUUGAAUGUAUGCGGAACCAAUGGCUUCCUAUCCCUACUGUCAUAACCUGCCGCAAAGGCUUAUGGGUAAUUAUGAAAAUGAAGACCCAAAAGUGAUUUUUUUUUUUUAAGAACAUUCCAGUUUAAAAGCACAAGUUGUAAAUAAAGUUUUGCUUUUGUCACUAUGACAAAUUAUGUUGUUACAGUAUUUUAAAGAGCGGUUUCAUCAUUGGAGAUUCUGUAAAGAAUGUAUUAAGGAAUUCCUGUUAGCUUUCCUGAAUUUUCUGAUUGCAUUCCUAAUGAAAUAACAUAAAUCUGUUAUUCCUAUAUAUGUGUAUCAACUAGGUCUCGCCAUUGCGUGUUUUGGAUUAGUAUGCACUGUUUUGUAAAGGCUGAAGCCAAACAACAAUGUAUGAAAAUAGUCUGAUCCAUACACAGUAUGACAUUGUUCGUGCUGAUUGGAUUCAAUGUAUCUAUUUCCAGAAGGAAAAGCACAAAGAAGAAUUCUAAGAAGGGUUAGGGCACAUUUACACAGAACUUCCGAGCGGUGAGAUUCCGGCGCAGCAGCCUCCCAUUGUUUUCAAUGGGAUUCUUGCACACUGCAGAAUUUAAACAGCAGAAAUUCAAAAUUCAUGACUCUGCCGAAAGAAUAAUCAUGCUCUUUCUUUCGGCAGAAUCUGCUUGGAAAUGCAUUGCCGCAAAUAGAGGCGGUACAUGUCUGAGGGGUCCUGCUGUACACAAAAUGUUCAUCCGGAAUUUCUCCAGGCUGAUAUUAUGUAGCGUAAAUGGCCUAUACUGUUAUAAUUAGAAUGCAAGUAUUUACUAACACAGACUUGUCAGGAGAACUAACAGGUAUCUGCAGGGUGUUUGAGUCUCCCAAGACUGCUGGGUUAUAGUUUAGUCUGUUUAUGUUCCUAUUGGGAUUGAUUACUUUAGACACAAUAUGAAUCUCUGCUUGAAGCAAUUUUCAAAUACCUCCAAAGGUAGAAGAACCUUGUAAAUUAUGCACAAAAUCUAGUGUUUGAAGGAGUCAGGGUCCCGAUUAAUAUUCGUAAUAUCAAUGCAGGGGUAUGGACCAAGUAUUAUGUAUGGUUGAAACAUUACUGUCAUUUAAAUAAACUUUUGACUUGUUGCACAGAUAUAUCAAAAGUUUAGAUUGGUAAGGGUCUCACUCCAAAGACCCUAUACAAUCAUUAUAUAGACAGUAACAGGUUGAAGUGUACGUCUGUGCACUUCAGUCCCUGACUUGUUGCUUGAUCAGACUCAAGCAGAAGACGGACUCCGUAGACUUAUAAGGGAGCCCAUCUCCUACAAUCAGUGGGAUCGAACGGUGAACUAGGGCAUAAAGCACACAGACAUGCACUUCGCCCGGCUCUAUCUACUGAUAGGAGAGGUCUCAACAGGGGACCCCCACUGAUCUCAAUAUUUGACAAGUCAAAAGUUUAUUUAAAGUGUACCUGUCGUCACGAAAAACUUUUUAUAUAAUGUAGAUAAUACCAUUAUAUAUAUAUAUAUAUAUAUAUAUAUAUAUAUAUAUAUAUAUAUAUGUGUGAUAUAUACAUUGGUUAAAAAAGGUGUAUAUUUUUGUCCCUUCAGCUAUUGCCUGUGUGUCUCUAUGAGGAGUCCAAAUACAGGAAGUGAGGGUGGACAAGCAGGGCUCUGUGCACUAAGAAAAAGCAGGACAGUGUGCACUGAGGCUCUAUAACAUGCUCCUGGCUCAUACAUCAGGAUGAUUGACAAGCCAGUAGCCUGCACAGGGCCCUGCUUGUCCUUCCCUCACUUCCUGUAUUUGGUCUUCUCAUAGAGACACACAGGCAAUAGCUGCGGGGACAGCAUUUUUUCAUCCAAAAAUAUACACAAUUUUUAACCAAUGUAUAUUACUAAUAUAAAUCUAAUUGUAUUAUCUACAUUAUAUAAAAAGUUUUUGUCGAUGACUGGUACACUUUAAAUGAUAGUAACUCUUAAAGAUAUAAACAAGAACAAAAAAAUUGACCAUGCCAUUUCCAGCCAUUAAUCCCAGUGGCAUAUGGGUCCCCAAAUUAUAUUCCAAUUCCUGGGCCCAGACAUCUCCACUAGAAAUAAAAGUAUCAGGGAUAUUUAGGGCCCCUGCUGGCCCCUGUGGGAGCACUAGACAUCAUAGUAAGUCUUUAGAGACAUAUUACCAGAUCAAUGUUGCUGUAUGUAGAUGAAGGAUAUAAAAUGUAUAAUGGCCCUGCGCAUUGAUGCAUUGGCAAAUAUUUUAGGGGAGAUUUAUCAAAACCUGUCCGGAGGAAAAGUUGCUGAGUUGCCCAUAGCAACCAAUCAGAUUGCUUCUUUCAUUUUUCAGAGGCCUUUUCAAAAAUGAAAGAAGCGAUCUGAUUGGUUGCUAUGGGCAACUCAAUAAUUUUUUCCCUCUGGACAAGUUUUGAUGAAUCUCCCCCUUUGUGUUUUGUAAUACUGCUAAACUAUAUGUGCUGAGCUUCUGAAUUCUAUGUCAUGUCUGUGUGGUUUUCUAACAAAUGUGAAUUUUUGCAGCAGGGAAUGCUGAUGUACUUGCCCAUUGCCCUUUCCCUUUGGAAUAAAGCACUUUGCAGAAAAA